CACAAGUCUGCUCUACUACUCUUAUUCCUACAAUUGUAUGCAUGUUAUUCUCCUUUCCUCCUUGCACUAUAUAUACCUCUCUUAGGAUUAUAAGCAGCUACAGAAAAAACAACAAUCAGCAAUAGCAUUUCAUAACUCGGACACUCAAACCAUAUGGAAGAGAAACUUCGUAUAGCAGUAGGCAUUUUGGGGAAUGCAGCCUCUAUCUUACUCUAUGCUGCACCAAUAUUCACUUUCGCAAAGGUGAUAAGGAAAAAGAGCACCGAAGAGUAUUCAUGCGUGCCAUAUAUCAUGGCCCUAUUGAACUGCUUCCUCUACACUUGGUAUGGUUUGCCAGUUGUAAGUUACAAGUGGGAAAACUUUCCUGUGGUCACAAUCAAUGGAUUAGGGAUAUUUCUGGAGCUAUCUUUCAUACUCGUAUAUUUCUACUAUGCUUCAACUGAAGGAAAGAAAAAGGUGGCCAUGAUGACUCUAUCUGUUCUCCUGCUGUCCUGUUCAGUAGUACUAAUAUCAACGUUCGUAUUCCAUGAUCACCAUCAUCGCAAGGCGUUUGUUGGAAGUGUAGGACUGGUAGCAUCGGUAGCAAUGUAUGGUUCUCCACUUGUGGUUGUGAGAAAAGUGAUACAGACGAAGAGCGUGGAAUUCAUGCCAUUCUACCUGUCGCUUUUCUCAUUUCUAGCAAGUUCGCUUUGGAUGGCAUAUGGACUAUUGAGCCACGAUCUUUUUCUUGCGUCUCCGAAUUUGGUGGGUAGCCCACUAGGCAUCCUGCAGCUCUUCCUGUACUGCAUAUACAGGAAUAGGGGAAGUGAGAAACAACCUCAGAAAUGGGAUCUCGAAACUUGUUGCGAGAAAUCAGAGCAACAUUUACAGGUGAACGAGGCAAACACAGAAAUACCAAUUAUUCAGUAUCUAAAGGUGAACGACGAAAAAGAUGAUGAGAAAGCAAACCAGAAUUUGCAGCUGGUGGUUGCUGAUGAAUCAAAUGGGAAAAACUGAACAACUUUCCAAGGAAACUAGUUGAUGUACGUGUGAAUAAAUGCCAGAAAGCAGAGAAAGAGACAGAUGCAGAAUCAUUUGGCCACACCUCA